ACAAACGGCACCAUAAAAAAAUUGAUAUAAUGACGUGAUGGAGCCUUGAAUAUCCUCCCACCCCACAACCGCGUUUGAAAAGGAGAUCAUACACUUGGGAAGCGUAAACCACGGAAAUUGAAGCGUCUCUAUAAACGCAGACGCCAUCAAAAGUCACCUCUCCAUCACCAAAUUCCUCUCAAAAAGUUUUGUAACACCACCACCCAAAUAAAAUGGGAACUCAAGAGUCAGAACCUACAACCAUGGUGAACCAUAAGGAGCAGGAGCCAGAACCUACAACCAUGGUGAACGAUAAGGAGCAGGAGCCAAAGCACCAUAAGGAGCAGGAGCCAAAGCCCAAAGAAGAAGAGGAGCCAAGUCCCAAAGAAGAAGUGGAGAAGAAAGCUUCAAUCUGGGACUGUGAUAGCGCUCUCUAUGAUUCCUUUGAGCUCAAGUCAUUUAAGCGCCAGCUUGAUUCGGCCAUAGCUUCUCGAAGUUACUCCAUGCCGCAUUUUUCCAGCCAACAUCCUCAAUUUGCCGAUGAAAUGCGCCAGCAAGGUUCCGUUGAAUCCAACUUUUCGGUUGAUGUUUCCUGGGGUGAAAAGAGGGAGGCUUGUGUCGAGAGAAAGAGGAGUUCGAGGAUUUCAAGAUCUCUAAACAAACUGCUUCGACUGGUUUUCCGGCCAAAACAGGCGGCUGGAAAUCUCACCAUCGUUGGAAUGGAUGGAUGGAGUUACAUGGUUUACCCUCAAGAUUUUAAUAGGCAGCCCACAGCAGUUGCCGGAGUAGAGCCGGAAUUGGAUAUAGAGAUAAUAAGUGGGUCCGCACGUUUUAAUGGGACGCAAGCAGGAAUCCCUUGUGGUUGAAAAAUGUUUAAUUGUGAUCUAUGGACUUUCUGUGAAUAAUUUUGAUAGCCUUUUUUUUUUUUAAUUUUAAAUAAUGGAAAAUUAGCUUUGUGGAUCAUGUAAUAUAGCCAUCAUACCUUAUGGUAUUUUAGUUAUAGGUGUUUGGAUGUG